AAUAACUAUAAAUAAAAAAGGAAUUGAUUAUCAAAAUUAUUGGCAUUUAUUUUCUAUAUUUUGACUAAUCGAAUAAUUGAGUAUCCUAAUAAUUUCAGACCUCUAUCAGUGUGAAUUCCCUGAGAGUCCUCAGCAGACUACUCUGUUGUCCUGUUUUUAUACCAUAUAAGCUUCAAACUUAAGAUAUUGGUGGAAUGGGAACUGAUGAGGGAAAUAUUAUAAUAGAAGCAAAAAUAAGACUUUUUAUUAAAUAGCAAUAUAGUUACAUAAUUUUUAAUUACUCUCCAUUAUUAAACUAAAUGAUUCUAUGGUUCUGCUACCUUGUUUACUUUCCUUUUUUUUUUAACUACGACUGUUAUCUUGUGACACCAGUACACAGACUGGAGUGGAAAUAAACACACACAUACACAUACACACACACACACACACACACACACACACACACACACACGCCUCCCUUUCCCGUUCGCCCAACCCCCCACAACACAGAAGUCACCGCCCUUCCCUCUCGCUCUCACACCAACAUGACUACCAACCACCGCCGCUCCAACCGACGCGCCAGAGCAUCAUGGGAAAUGUAGUCCGGGUCGCCCAAUCCAGUUCGAGAAGGCGAGGCCUCACCAAAAUACAACUCCCAUCUCGACCCUCGCACGCCGAGCCCCGUCGUCCAAUCUGAAUAUGUGGGAGGAGCGCGUCCGCCCACAAAAGCCACAGCUAUCUCCCCGUAUCUCCCCCUUAAAAAAAUCAAUUGUGCACGAAAAAAAAGGGAAAAACGCGUAAAAUACAAACACUGGUGACGGUUUGUUUUCGGUGCACGACGGACGGCGACGAGGUGUCCCCGCGUCGUGCGGCGAGAGAAACGGCGGCGACAGGCAGAGCAGAGAAGAGGGUGUUGUCCUGAUGCUUAAAUGGAAGUGGGUGGGCCUCUACGGUCACACACUGCCAACUUCUCUCUGGAUAUCAUUCUGACAAGCGCUAAUUUGCUCGUUUAUGGACUGUCUAUCCGGUAAAAGAGACAUACGACGGGGCUGCGAGGGGGCCGACGGGCCGGGGACGGUCACUGUGUUCUCCGUUAUUUCCGUUAUUUGGGGUUGCUUGAUUGUGCCUGCGCUUGGCACCGCCCUUCCUGGCCGGUGGGUGGUUUCGUGAAACGGGCAGAUCCGCCACGGCCCAGCGCCGAACAUAUAGGCCGUCCUCCGCCUCUGUACCCGGCCGGCCUUCUACCGUGAACUACACCCUCUCCCUCUUGGUAUAUUAAUGCGUUAUGAGUGACUCGAAGAAGGAAUCAUCUGGAUCUGAAGGAGGGAAAGCAUCUAAAAAGGGGAAGAGCUCUGGAUCACAGGAUUCCUCUCAGCCCUCUCCGUUGGCUCUGCUAGCGGCCACCUGCAGUAAGAUCGGAGGGCAGGGGGGAGUGGAAGGGGCCCAGGCCCAGGCCCAGGCCCAGUCCCAGCAGGUCCAGGUCCAGCCUGGUCAGAUCCAGCUGCAGGCCGGUCAACUCCAGGGUCAGAUAGUGGUGGACACAGCUGGGGGCCAGGCCUUGGUGCCCCAGCAGCUGGAACUGGUCCCAGCUCAGUUCACGGGGAACGGUUGGCAGAUCAUUACAGCAGCACCUACUAUGGCCAAGGAGAACACCAAUCAGCCUGUUGCUGUGACGGUGGCCACCACCUUGGCUAAUGACAGCUCACCUGGCGGACGCAAGAUGAAGGAGGUGAAGGCAGUAAGUGGGACCAACAGCAGCGCAGCCAAUCAGCAGCAGCAGCAGCAGUUCCAGAUAAUCCAGGUUCAGAACCUGCCCAAUGCUGGGGGCGGGGUCCAGUAUCAGGUCAUCCCUCACCUGCAGACUGCAGAUGGACAGCAGAUCCAUAUUAGCCCAGCUCAGACGGCCUCCAUAGGGGCUCUGCCGGAGCAUGUUCAGCUCAUCCAGACCCCGAGUCCAGGCCAGACCCAGGCCAUUCUCCAGCCAGCCAACCAACAGGCCAUCCUGACAAGUACAGCCAAUCAGACGGUCCCUCUGCAGAUCCGCCCUGCUCAGUCUUUCCCACUGCAGCUGCAGACUCUGCAAGGCUCCCAGACUCCUGUUAUGACCACAGUACCCAUAAACCUUGGUGGCAUGACCCUGGCCUUGCCUGUGAUCAAUAAUGUUGGAGGGGGCGGGGCUGUGCAGCUUAUCCAAUCAGCAGAUGGCACCUUCUCUGUUGCCAAUGGCAACCAGCUGGUGACAACAGCAGUGUCUGGGGCGGCUCCUGCUGCAGUAUCAACUGGCUCGACAGCGGCAGUAGCCGAAGGUGACAGCGUAUCUGAUGGGACACAAGUGGUUUCUGCUGGAUCUGAGGGUGGAACAGCUGACACCCAAGCACAGAGCAGUGAGGCAGACUCACAAAGCCAGAACCAGGCCAACGGACUGCAGAACCAGACAGACACAGCAGGAGCCAUUCAGCAGGUGAUCGUGGGCCAGGUGGGGCACCAGUUGGUGCAGCAGAUCCAGCUGCAGCCACAGGCUCAGAGUCAGGGUCAUGCUCAGGGCCAGCAGCAACCUCAGCACAUUCAGACCCUUCAGCUGGCCCCAGGACAAACCCUGCAGCCCAUCCAGGCCUUCCAGAACCCAGCCCAGGUCCUUAUUCGCACUCCCACUCUGUCCCCCUCUGGGCAGAUCACCUGGCAGACCCUGCAGCUGCCCGGUGGAGUCUCCCUGCAGGGCGGCCUGGGGACGGCCGUGCCACAGCAGCUGACACUGGCCCCUGUGGCCGGUGGGACGACAGUGGGGAGUGGAGGGCUGGUCUCCUUAAGUGGAGCUCCCCUGACGCUCAGCGCAGCUCAGAUCAACCCGGGAUCUGGGGUACAGACGGUCAGCAUCGCGGGGCUGGGUGGCACCGGGGUUCAGGUGCAGGGUGUGCCCCUAACCAUUACUGGUCUACAGGGUCAAGCACAGGGUCAGGAUGGGGUCAAAGUUCAGUCAUCUCCUGUGACGGUCACUGUGGGAAACGUGGCAUCGGGUUCGGCAAUGAGUCCAGAUCAGCUGGGCUCCAUCCAGAGUUCUUCAGACCAGGAGGGACAGCCCAGCAAGAGGCUUCGUCGUGUUGCCUGCUCUUGUCCGAACUGCAGGGAUGGAGAAGGAAGGAACAGCGGAGACCCCACAAAGAAAAAGCAGCACAUCUGCCAUAUGGAGGGCUGUGGGAAGGUAUACGGCAAGACGUCCCACCUGCGGGCCCACCUGCGCUGGCACACUGGUGAGAGGCCGUUUGUGUGUAACUGGAUCUUCUGUGGCAAGAGGUUCACCAGGAGCGAUGAGCUGCAGAGACACCGGAGAACGCACACAGGAGAGAAGCGUUUUGAGUGUCCUGAAUGCUCCAAGCGCUUCAUGCGUAGCGACCACCUCUCGAAGCACAUCAAGACCCACCAGAACAAGAAGGGCGGAGCCGCGGUGGCAAUCAUCACCACUGAUGACAUGGAGGAAGAUGCCCCCGAAGGCCUGGGCGCCUCCCCUCAAAUCGUUGCUGUGGCAACCCUCUCACGUGACUCUGACCCCGCCACCCCGACCACCUCUAAUCACCUGGAGGAAGAGGAGGAGUUUGAAAAGGCAACGGAUUCCUCUUACUUUGCAGAAAGUUGACUUCCUGUUUUUUGGAGGUCUUUGCAGGGACGGCUUUGGGUGGCUGCUUUUUCCUUUCUUUUUAAUAUUCCAUAAUUUUAAAAAUGUUGUUCUCUCAUGAAAAAGGGACUCAAGAGAUGAGAUCAUGAAAUGAACAGAAACCUUAAAAUAUAAACAUCACAAUCUAAAAAAACAAAACAAACUAACACAUAUAAUAACUAAAAUUUAGCCUAAGCGUGUGAAAGAUUAGUUUGGCUUUUAUAAAUGAAUCUAUAAUAAUUCCAUGCGCAGUGGGGGAAAGGAAUGUAAGAAGUGUCUAGAUUAGCACAAGACAGGGCGACCUGCUGAAUCUAAAACCAUCCAAUAUCAAGAGACAUUUUUCUAAUCGCAACAGAAUCUAUCUCUAUGCACAACGUUGUGUUCCUGUUUCAUACCUGUCAGACAGAGCUGAGGGUCAAUCAUGGUACAGGACUGUUGCAGAGCAGUGACAGAGCAGAGGUAGUCUUGGGAUGGUGUGUGUGAGUGUGUUUGUGUAUGCGUAUAUAUGAACUAUUUGAGUGAGUGUGCAUUUGUAUUCCCAUGCUGUCGUGGAGAGGAUCUACCUAAUUUGAGUUUUAUUCAUGGUUCAGGUUUAGUCCUCGGAUCAGAUUCAGGUGUUGAUUCUUUUGUGACCAGUCAACGGAUAAACUGUUAUUGAAGAAGAGAGGGGAUAAUUCUUUAAAAUAAAAAAAGAGGAGUAGAAAAAAGCACAUAUAAAAAGAUUUAUAAAUAAUGCAUUCCUAUUGAGGCGCAGUGGCCAUUAGAAAAAAAAAAAAAGGUUUGUAUAGAGAAAAACAAUCUAGCUUUCUACAACUUUGUUCGUGUGGUGAAAGCAAUACUAUAAUGACAAUCCUAGUGAAAUCAUGUUUACAUUGUCAGGGGAAGUUUUCUGUUAAUAAAACAAGCCAGUUCGCUCCAAGAUUGGGGGGAAAAACAUCUGAAAGCAGUGCUGUUGUCUGAACAAACCUGUAACUUUGCAAAAACCUCAGAAUGAUUUCAACACAGCUGCAGUUUGUUUGUUUUUCAUUUUUAUAUGUUCGAUUUCCAUCAGAUGGUAUCUGGUAGAUCUAACUAUGGUUUGGUUCAGACAGCAGCACGGUCGCUGAUGUUGCUUUUUCGAUUUCUGUGCUCUGGUGAUGACCCCCUCUCCAUCCCGCCUCUAACCUGCUACGUUGACCGAUGUACCACAAUUGCCUUAACACAAGCUGUUGUACAGAGGGAACUACAGGGAGGGAGGUGGGUGGAGAAAGAGGGCAGCUCUCUUGUAUUAUUAGGGGGUGAAAUGGAGAGCAGACCACAGCAUAGAGAGGUGAAGUGGGUUAAAGAGACAGGGCUGUAAGAGCUGUGGGUGGGAGUGGGUCGGGCUAUUUAGCUAUGUGGAUAUGAGAUGUUUUCUGGUGGUGUUGCUCUGUGUUAGUUCAGUGCGUACAUUCUUUUUAAAUUAAAAAAAAUACUUCUAUUUUAUAGAAAAAAAAGUCCCCUCCCAGUAUGUUAACACACAGGACCCCACUGUGUAAAGCUAAUUUAUUUUCCUUGAUUUGUAAUAUUUGCCUUUUGCUGGACUUGUAUUUGUGUGCGUUGAUUCUGAGGUUGUGUACAGCAUGUUUCAGUUUUUUGCCGUAGUGCUGCUUCUCUCUUCUUUACUCUUUGUGCUUCUGUUUUCUUUUCUACGUCUGGCCGUUGCUGUUCAUUUCUUCUUCUUCUUCUUCUUCUUCUUCUUCU